UCCAAAAAUGAACAUAGCUGAGAGAUUGAAGCAAUGGGAAGGCAAGGUUGCUGUCGUUACGGGAGCCAGCGGUGCCAUCGGUGGAGCUAUCGCCAAAGAGCUGGUCAAAGCAGGAAUGAUCGUGUGUGCCUUGGCCCGAAGGCGAGACAAAGUGGAAAAACUGCGAGCCAGUUUGUUUGAUGUGGCCGGAAAUCUCAACUGUGUAGAAUGUGAUAUCACAAUAGAAGAAGAUGUCAAGCAUGCCUUCGGAUGGAUUGAAGGUGCAUAUGGUGGCGUCGAUUUGCUAGUGAAUAAUGCCGGGGUGGUCACUAGGUGCCUGUUGACUGAGAAAAACAACACCAAAGAUCUGUACACCACCAUGGAAACUAACAUCAUCGGUCUAUGCUUGUGCACCCGAGAAGCAGUCAAAUCGAUGAAAGCACGAGAUGUGCACGGCCACAUAAUCAACAUAAACAGCAUAUUUGGACAUAAAGUGCAUCAGACGGUGCCUGGAACUAGACCACUGAAUGGAAUGUAUCCAGCUUCCAAGUUUGCUGUCACCGCAAUCACCGAGUGUAUUCGCCAAGAGCUAAUCUAUCUUGAUGCUCAUGUUAAAGUAUCUAGCAUCAGUCCGGGACUGGUGGAAGGAGACAUCGUUGCCAAUCAUACUGCUGGCGAUAAUGACCUCGUAAAAUACAUGCCAAAACUGAAACCAGAGGAUGUGGCUGAUGCUGUAAUUUACGCCAUAACAACACCAGAUAAUGUUCAAAUCCACGAACUUGUCAUCAAGCCGAUCGGGGAAUUUAUAUAAAUGUAUCACUCUUUCAGUACAACACCACAUGUCGGUUUAUGACAAAAUGAACAUUCAGAUCAUCCUUAAAAUGUAAGCAACAUCCAAUGAAGAAGAAACUAAAGUAUGC